AUGACGUUCUCAUCUACAAGAGCAGAUCUGUAUGAUCCGAUCCAUCCUCCAUCCUCGGGUCGCAACUUACUCGUCGACAUCCCCCCUGUAUUUCCAGACGAAUAUGAUGGCACACCGGAAUGGCUGUCACCCUUGGCCUGCAAACAUACCUACACGACGAAGCCGAACCAGACAUUUGUUAUACCACCGGAACAAAGGCGAGGCCGGGGAGCCUUCUCUAAAGUUUCCGCGGUAGCGGUCAACUAUCCAGGUCAUGCGACGCCGAUGCCCAGCCAUCUACACCAUCUUGUCUAUCAAUCUGCUAGCCCCGCGAAUGGCUCAGCUACGUCGAAGGGACAGCGCAUUGAAACCUUAUACUAUCGCUGCUCUUACCUGACAUGUGGCAUUACUGUCUCGGUCCAGAUUCUGUCUCCCCUUCUACGCCACGAUUAUUUACAGUUGUUGACGGAUGUGGAAUUGAUCAAUAAACGGGCAGAUGAAGCUAUAGCGGCUCACCCCGAGCGCUUAGAAGGAAUUGCCCGACCUCAGCCUAUAACUAUCCUUGACAACCUACGUACCUAUCUUCGCAAUUCGCUCUAUGACUCGCAGCGCAGCAAACCUAUCUCUGCUAUCAAUAAACGAUUCUUGGUUUGCUUCGGUGUUGGCGGAAGUCCGUGCAAGGGUUUGCUGGAGUUUUUAGGGUUCUCGUCUCAAAAUGAGGGCUUUUGGGAUCCCCCGUUCCCGAAUGCAUCCGAAGAGAUACCCUUUCAGAGUGAAUUUAAUAUCUUCAUUGACGACGCCAUACAUGAACUAUCCAUAUUGAUCGAACAGCGGCCCAUAUCGGAGAAGAAGACGCCUUAUACAUUGAAUUCGUCACUGCCAGCUAGCAGCGACUUUUUGCAUGCUCUUGAAGCCUUUGAUUAUCCAAAAUCAUCGAGGCUCAUUGAAUUUGAGAUGCCAGGACAGCCCUGCUAUGAGGAUCUUGGCGUUGUCGAAGACAUGUCAUCUGAUCUGAUAAUUGAGGCAUACCACCGACAGGUUUCAGUUGACCCGACAAGAGGGCCGCACUAUCUCCAGUGUCUGAAUUUUAUUGCUAAUUGGCGAGGGGGUCCUGAUCGUGAUACAAUUAACGAAGCUAUAAUGACCGCGUAUAGCAAAGGCGCCUACACAACGCAGGAUGUUUAUAAAGCUUACGAGUACUUCGGGUUGGACGCAAAUGACAAAAUUCUUACAGAAGAGGUCAUCAUUGGCAGAUUCCACGCAUAUCUCAGUUCCACCACACGGGAAACCGAAGCUCGACAACAACUGUGGCGAAUAGGCGAUGUUAGAAAGAGCGAGCAAAUCAAGUCCGCCGCUGAAGACAGAGUUUCUAAUGCCGAGCAGGCUCUUGUAUAUCUUGGGGUUGAAGAAAACACGCCUGAUGAUUUUGUCAUCACAAUGUUCACGACGAAGGUGAACGACAGCCCUAGUAGCAAGGAUAUUGCGCAGAAAGCUCUUUCGCUUAUAGCGGAAAAACGCAAUUCAGAGACUCUGAGGCAUUUCCUUAUGACGGGCGAAACUGGAGCGGGCGAAAUGGACGUUGGGGAUGCCUAUCGACUGCUUCAAAUACCCGAUCGCACAGUUGGUGAUGAUGCUAUUCUCGCAGCAUAUACUAUCUGUGUGGACGAAGCUCCGGGCCAGAUAGAAACCUAUACACGUGCCUUGGGUAUCAUUGCCAAAGAGAAGGAUAGCCCAAUGUUAAGCAGCUUUGUCUCGGGAUCAGUAACACAAAGCGAUCGAAAUCUAUCUGACUGGCCCGUUGGCCUUCAGAACAUUGGCAACACGUGCUACCUUAAUAGUCUACUCCAGUUCUACUUUACAGUCCGCCCCUACCGAGAAAUGGUUUUGGAUUUCGAGAACAACAAAACUGAUUUGGAUGAGAGCUCUCUAGGCCAGAAGAAGGUCGGAUCCCGCAAAGUAUCAAAACUUGAGGUUGAGCGGUCUCAGAAAUUUCUCCGCGAACUGCGUGGCUUGUUCCACGAUAUGAUCACGACUCCCAGGGCGUCUGUUCGACCUGAGCAGGAAUUGGCCAGAUUAACCUUAAUUAGCUCUACAAAUGAGGCGGAAAUUCGCCGGAGAUCCACUGUCUCGGGGAUUAGGCCUUUCGGUCUCGGUGAGAUCAAUGGCUUGCCAGUGGCAGGGCCGUUAGGACCGCCUCAGACGGUGGAAUUUGACAAGCAUGACGAUACUACCGGUGAAAAAGCCACGCCGCCGGAAGAGACUUUCUCAAAGGAUGCCCUAGCUGGCGACAUCGAUAGCGAAACUACUCUCGUCUCUGAAACGUCACAAUCAUCCAUCCAUCAAUCUUCGAUUGAACAUAAGGAGAACAAAGAGAUGGUGCCGGCGCCUGACACCUUGAAAGACGUGGGCAAUGUUAGUGGUGCUACCUUCGAAAAGGAGGCAGUGCAAACUGUCGACCCGCCAAAACGACCACCCCCAGAGCCACCGCGUCCUGUGGAAACAGAACGCAAGAAACAAUUAAUUGACGAGGUUGAAUUAGGAGCUCAGCAAGAUGUCACCGAAGUGAUCAACAAUGUCUUGUUUCAGAGCGAGUGUGCCAUUAAGCCAAGAGGCAUUGCUCCGGAUGGGGAGCAGCUAGACCAAAUCAAAGAUUUGUUCUACGGCAAGACAAAGUCGUACAUCUCGGCAGAAACUGGGACCCGUUCAAAAGAGGAGAUCUGGUCCGACAUCAAGGUAGAUGUUGCAACGGGCUCACGGGAUAUCUAUUCCGCUAUUGAUGGUGCCUUUGACAUGCAAGAAGUCUUCGUGGAUGAUGCUGUCGCAGAGCAGUUUGGUUCCAUUAGCAAGUUACCCCCAAUCUUGCAAAUCCAGGUGCAGAGGGUUCAAUUUGAUUCAGUCAAGAAGACGUCAUUUAAGUCCACGCAUCAUUUGGAACUGAAAGAGACGAUAUUCAUGGACCGUUACAUGGAUACGCAGAAAGAAGACAUUGUCAAACGACGCAGGGAUUGCUGGGGUUGGAAGCGAAAACUAAAUGCAUUGCAGAGCCGGAAGACUGAGUUGCUGCGAUUGAAUGAAAACGACGGGCAAAACAUAUCUGCAUUAUUCAAAAAUGCCUCAAACCUUCUAACAGAGCUUUCAUCCCAAAAUCCUACUGACGAGGGAGCUGGCGACUCGCUCGAUAUCAACCCUGAACUUAUCGCUAAGAUGGAGAAUCUGUCCCGGAUUGCAGAAACUGAGCUAUCCCAUAUCGAACAAGAAUCCAGGCAUACCGAGUCCAUGAUUGCUAGCCAAUUCAAUGAGUACACGAGACUGUCAUAUCGUCUAUACGCAGUUUUCAUGCACCAAGGGUCGGUGGAAUUCGGCCAUUAUUACAUUUAUAUCUACGACUUUGCGAAGGAGGUUUGGCGUAAAUACAACGACAAUGAUAUCACUGAAGUUCAAGAUACGUCGGAAAUAUUUGGAAAGCCUAGUCGCGUAAAUCCGCCGACGCCAUAUUUCUUGGUCUAUGUGAACGCCGCGAUGAAAGAUCGUCUGGUGGAGCCUGUGUGCCGCGAGAUCGUUUCAGAAACUACACCUCCUCCUCCUCCUACUACUAAUUCCACAGUGGAAAGUGCCACGGCUACUACUGUUGGUCACAGUUCCGAUGGGCCUAUGGAUGUGGACACAAAACCACCGGCAUACAGCGAUGUGUGGUCCAAACGCGGGCCGGAAGGUGCGCAAAUGAUUCUCUCUCCGGGCUCUUCUUCUUUGUUUGCAAAGGCCAGCAACAGUGUUGUGGAUGAGAACAAGUGGCCUGUCGUUCACGCUGAUGAGGUGUUUUUUGAUUGA